AUGACCACACUAGACGAUUUCGCGAGGCUACUGGGAAGCCGGCCGGCUCAAUCGCAAAUCCAGGCCCUGCUUGGACACGCAGUCUCGAACAGCUUGGAAGCGGAGGUCAAGGCAUAUCCCGACGUCGUCUAUCACAACUACCGCUCAAUUGGCUUGAGCUUGCAGUUCGAAGUUAGCUGCCCAGGCAAAAAUGCUUCCAAGAUGGGCUCUGACGACCUUUGCUUAGCAGCCAUUGACAUCUAUUCCGCCAACGAGGACAAAAGCUGGACAUGCUUUCCGAUGCUUCCACUGCAGAUUGAUGCGCUUCGUGAUGAUAGCGCAAGUGAGCAAGUCAAAGCUACCAUCACGCAAGCUAUCACCGGUAAAGAUCUUGUGAGCUCGCUAGGCGAGCCCCAACGCAAAGGCGGCGCAGCUGGACCUCCUUCCGGCCCUGCAGCUUGGAUGGAGUGGAGUCUCAAGCUCGACAGGUCAAACUCGAAUGAAUCUGAUCCAACCACUUUGCAGAUCGAAUUAGCAGGCGCUGGAGCUCGUGGAGCGGAUCGCUGGAACGCCGAGCGUGCUGGGAAUUGCAAAUGGGCUGUCAUCACCGUUAGCCCACAUAGAACACGAUGA